AUGAGUGAAACACAAAAUGAACGAAAAACCUUUACUUUUAGAGUUGUUGAUCUCACAGGAUUAGAUAUACCUAUUGAGUUAGAAGAGAAUACGUCAUUAAUUCAGUUAAAUAAGUUAUUACAAACAAAAUACAACCUUGAUACGUCUAGAUGCGAGUUUUCAACUAACGGAAAACUACUAGAAGAUGAUGCACGACUCACAAGCGAAAUUUUCAAACCAAAUAAAAUUUUAUCAAUGUUUAAUAAUUCUAUGUAUCAGGAAAAGUCUUUUCCACGAGUGGAUAAUGCAUUUAGUGGAAUCGAGCUUAAAUUUACUGAUUGCCAAACAAAUCUUGCUCAAAAACCAAAAUCUAAGGGAAUGAUGUUUAAUAAUAUUAUCCUUGAUAGAAAUAACAUUACAUUACCAGGUGGACAUACAAUUGCCUUUGAUAGACCUUCUAGUUUGAACGAAAUGUUACAAAAUCCAAAUUUCUUCUCCAGAAUUGCAGAAUUAAUGAACAAUAUCCAGAAUGGUGUUCCAGAUGCAGAUGGCGAUGUUGAUUACGACUCAGAUAACUAUUAUGAUAACUAUGACGAUAAUUAUCCAGAAAGACCAGGCUUUGCUACAUUAAUGCAGCCACUAAACCAAGAUAUUGACAUGGACGGUCGACCUGAAGUAUUCGAAGGAAUCCCUGCUGCUAAUUUCGUUGGUCCAUUAGACAUGGACAUGGGAGUACCACCAGACCAAGGCCAGAAUAUGAAUUUGAAUCGUAACUUAACACCACAACAACAAGAAGCUCUUCGUAGAAUAUGUAUGCAGUGCGGAGUUGACCAAUUUACUGCAUUACAAGUAUUUGAAGCCUGUGACUAUAAUGAAAAUAUGACAACGAACUGCUUAAUGUCAAUGACGGCCUAA